AUGGCGUCCACGUACAAGGAGUCCCAGGACCCAGAAUUCCAGUCGCUCCUUCCCCACGAUCCUGAGCAGCCUCUUUCCCCGCAGAGGCCCACUCGCCGCUCCUUCCACACUCGCCAUGUCGCCCUCGCCUACGUCGCCGGCAUCCUCUCCGCCGUCCUCGUCGAGCUCUUCCUCUGCAACCACCUCGCUCUUCCUCUCUUCCCUUCCCCAGCCGUCCACCGAUUCCCCCCCUCUGCGCCGACGAAUGCUUUCCCCUCCCUCUUCCCCACCGACGUCGGCUACGCUGGCCCUACCCCCACGGGCGCGGAGCCUGCUCUCAUUGCGACCGCUCCUGCAUACCCCCUUCAUACUGGCGCCCCCCACCUCGUAUCUCCCUUGAUCCUCACCAAGAAUGCCUCCCAGCAGUCCGGCUCCUCUGUCGAACGUGCCUCGUUCGGUAUUGACUCGGGUCCGGAGGCCCCUCCGACCUGCCGUGUAACUGGUCUCCAUCUCCUCCACCGUCAUGGUGCUCGCUACCCCACCGAAUGGGCCUCCUACGGCGGCCCUGCCAACUUCUCCGGCCGUCUUCACGCGGCUGCCGCCGGUUGGAAUGGCUCCGGAGACCUUCAGUUCAUGAAUGACUGGACUUACAAGCUAGGCGAAGAGAUUCUGACGCCGUUCGGCCGCCAACAGCUCUUCGAUUUGGGGGUGUCCAUGCGUAUGAAGUACGGCUUCCUUCUCAAGAACUUUACCGACUCCAACACCAUCCCAGUCUUCCGCACCGAGUCUCAGGAUCGUAUGCUCUCUUCGGCCCUCAACUUUGCCCUCGGCUUCUUCGGCUAUCCAUUCGAUGGUCAGUACCAGCAGAGCAUCACCAUUGAGGAGAACGGAUUCAACAACACCCUUGCGCCGUACAAGACUUGCCCCAACGCUGGUGAUCGCUCUAAAGCUGAUCGCGGGACUGCAUACGACGCCCUUGCCCGUCUCAAGCCUCAGCUUCAUGGCUAUGAGCUUACCAUCGAGGAUGUCUACACCCUGCAGCAGACGUGCGCGUACGAGACAGUUGCCAUCGGAUACUCUAAGUUCUGCGAACUGUUCACCGAGGAGGAGUGGAAGGGUUUCAACUAUGCACUGGACCUCUAUUUCUGGUAUGACUCUGCGUUCGGCUCUCCGCUUCUCGCCCGCCUCACGCACACUCCGAUACCAGUCCACAAUUCGUCGACGAACGCGACUCUUGACGACAAUCAGACCACGUUCCCGCUCGGCCAGAGCCUUUACGUUGACGCCACGCACGAAGUGGUCGUGCUCAACGUGAUCACUGCGUUGAACCUCUCCAACUUCGCAGCGGACGGGCCCCUCCCGUUCGACCACAUCCCCCCGAACCGCGCCUUCAAGUCCUCCCACCUCGCACCCUUCGCGACCAACAUUCAGUUCCAGCUGCUCUCGUGCGAGUCCCUCCCCGACCCGCAGAUCCGCGUCAUCAUCAACGACGGCGUCGCGCCCCUCACCGGCAUCCGCGGCUGCCCCGAGGACGCGGACGGCAAGUGCCCCGUGCCCGCGUUCGUCGCCGCCCAGCGCGAGAUCGUCGCGGACACGGACUGGAACUGGGCCUGCCACGGCGACUGGGCCGUACCACCCGGGACGGUGUGGAACACGACGACGGGCGACGCGCCCAAGCCUGCGUCCGCGUCCGCCUGA